ACAUAAACCAAUAAAGAGAAACAAAAAAACGCAAAUGAUUGAGUGAUUGGAUGAAAAAUAGUUUUACAUUCUCACGGUCGAAUGAAAAAAAAAAUAAUAUUUAUAAACAUUAAACCGGUUGUUAAUCAAAUUAUAAAUUAAGAAUAAUUUAAUGAUAGCAAUCUUUAUUUUAAAUAAAACCUAAAAAUGUUCAUUACUUGAAAUAAAACAUAAAAAUAAUAUAUAUAUAUUAUAUACAGGGGAGAGAGCGUGUUCCUAUUUCGGAUCGAUGCACUUUCAUCUUCUGUUCAGUUUGAAUUUCUUUACUCAUGUCGUGUAAGAGAUCAAAUAGUGGUAUGGUGGCAUGCUUUUUCAUAUCAAAUGUCGAAUUACUUGAUCAUUAAUACCAUACAAAGUUGUUGAAGCGAAUACAUAAUUUUAUUUUUUUAUAUAUUUAUUUACAAUAUACAUAAAUACAUAUAGAUCUAAAAAUGCAGUUGCCGUAUAAAUAAUUUUCUUUAUAAUUAUAAUUAUUUUACAGUAGAAAAACUGGACACUGUAACACUUACAACAACAUAUCUAUUAUCCAUGAGAUGACUUUCACUUUCGCCAUAUAACAACUAAACUCAUACUCACUAACAAACAAAAAUUAACAGUAUAUCAACCAGUAGGAGUAAUUCGGAUCAAACAGAGUUAACAUUUUUAUUAAUAAUAAUAAUAAUAAUAUUUAUUUAUAUUUUUAACUCUAUAUACAUUAAAAUCUUAAAGAAUUAAUCAAGUGAAACUUCAAGUUCAAUUAAUUAAGUGAAAAAAUCAAGUUAAUUAAGGUUAAGAAGAUAACAAUGUUUUUAUUAUUGUCAUUGUUGUUAUUUGUUGGGAAUAAAUUUAUUGAUGCGUAUGACCCAAAUGAUGAUAAUUUAAAAAACAUAUUAUUGCCAGACGGUGAAUUUGAAGCAUUUUAUUUAAAAGGACCACAAAGUAAAGAAGAAAAUGCCGCACGUCCAGCACAUUUACACGGAUCAUAUCAUGCUUAUCGUCAUCCUGGAUUGGUAAAUGUACCAAAUAGUCCAGCAUACGGUUUCCGUUUUGAUGGUAAACGACGAUUUAAUUAUGAUUAAAUAUUUUCAUGUAAUAUUAUUUAAAACAUAUCCAGUAAAUUAAUAUGAGAGUUAUUUUACCAUCAUAACAACAUUAGUAGUAGUAGUAUAGUAUAGUAUAGUAUAGUAAUAGCAGUAGUAGUUUUGAUGUAGAGAAUAAUCUACAAACGUAUCAUUAAUCGCGAAACCAAAAGAACUAUCUUCAUCAAUUCCUGUUUUCAUAUAACUCACAACGUCCUGUGUGGUUUUGAAUGUUUUUGUUUUCUUCCUUUUUUAUUAGAACUAAUUUCUAAAUUUCUAUUGGAAAAUAAAUUUAAUAAAAAUUUAUGGUGUUAAUAAUAAUUUUUUUUUUCAACAAGAAUAUAUAUUAAAUAUUAAAAAAUAAAUAACUUGGUUAUUUGGUUGUUUUAUAACUACAAUUUACAAUAAUAUUUUAGCUAAAGUUUUUAUUAUAGUUGAUAUACGAAAAAAAAGUUGUGGUAAUUAUAGAAACUUGUGUGCAUACUUGAAUCGAUAGUUCGAUUAAACACUGCUUUCUAUAUGUUAUUUUAUUUGCUAUUUGCUAAACUAAAUCAUGAAGAGCUGCUGAUUAAGACCAUUCAAGGACACCGGUUUUUCUUAAACUGAGCUGUAGCUAAGCAAUUAAAAUUCGCAUUAUUAAAAAAACAAACCCUGUAAAAACUUGGUUUUUAUUAGAAAACUCUUUACUACUUUCUUCGUUAUU